AUGGCUGAGGAUGACGUGACCCCGGAGCAGCUGGCGGCCAUCGCAGCAGAGAACGACGAGCCGGAGUCGGUGAACUACAGACCUCCGGCCCAGAAGACGCUCCAGGAAAUCCACGAGCUCGACAAGGAGGACGAGAGCCUGCGCAAGUACAAGGAGACUCUGCUGGGGGCCGGGGUCGUCGUCACCAAGGAUGCGCCUGGUCCUAAUGUGGUGGUGACACGCAUGUCUUUGGUCUGUGAAGGAGCCCCGGACCCCCUGGUGCUGGAUCUCACAGGAGACCUGGAGGCCUUCAAGAAGGAGCACUUUGUCCUGAAGGAAGGGAUGGAGUAUCAGAUCAAGAUCAGCUUUAAGGUGAACAAGGAGAUUGUGUCAGGCCUCAAGUACGUGCAGCAGACCUUCAGGAAAGGAAUCAAAAUCGACAAGUCUGACUACAUGGUGGGCAGCUACGGACCUCGCGAAAACGAAUAUGACUUUCUGACAAAGAUGGACGAGACUCCCAAAGGCGUCCUGGCUCGAGGAACCUACAACAUCAAGUCCAAAUUCACCGACGACGACAAACACGACCACCUCUCCUGGGAGUGGAACCUGGUCAUCAAGAAGGACUGGACUGACUGA